GAAAGAACUUGAUACAGGAACUUCACCAACAUCUUAAACAUCUAUUCUACCUCAAGACACACUAACAGUUGUUUAAUUCCUUUCCAAUGUUUGUAAGAUAGCUUAUUUUCCAUCUGCAAUGAGCAUAUACAGGUUUUGAGCAUAUAUGGAGUAGGUUAGUUUCAUUUUUUCCUUUUUUUUGCAUUUAGAGCGUGUGAGUUUCAAAAUGUUGUUACAGUACUGUUGCUAGUUGUUUUGAACAGAGUUCAUGCAACAAAACUAAGAACUAGAACUUUAUCUAUUUCCACAGUGAACUAGUUUCCCAUUGCAUCAUAUUGUUAUUAAUUUAUUAUGCAUGUUUGCAAGCUUAAGUAUUUGUGUUAUUUGACAUUUUCCUCAUGAGUUUAAUCCAUUAGGUGAAGUUAUCUUUGCACAUAUCUGGUAUCUUUGAACUGAUGAAUUUUAGUUAUGUUGUUUAGACUUUAGAUGGAUGCUCAUUCAGGUUCCCAACCUCAAAGCUCUCCCAUUGAGGAACAAUCUCAAACCCAAGAUAACGUGCAAGAAUCUACUGAUGUUGUCAGUAAAAAGAAACCGGGAAAGAGUAUUGUAUGGCAACAUUGUUCAAAAGGGGAAGGUAAAGAUGACGAGGGCAAUGUGUAUCCAAUUGGUAUAUGCAAUUAUUGCGAAAAAGAGUACCGGGCAGAUUCUAAGAAAAAUGGCACGACGGCCCUUCUUAACCAUUUAUAUCGGUGUGCGGGAUCUCCUCUUUGUAAUAGGACUGGUCCAAAUCAACCAAUUUUAAAUCAAGCAAGUAUGGGAGGCGAGGUGCAAAUCCACAACUUCAAUAAAAACGACUUGACAUGAAGUGUGUGAAGUGGAUCAUCAAAGGAGAGUUACCCUUUAGGAUAGUUGACCAGCCGGACUUUAGAGCUUUUAUUAGUGAUCUUCAACCUAAAUAUAAGAUUCCUAAUAGAAAGAAGAUUGCCAUGGAGGUAUGGGAUCUGUUUUGUGAGGAGAAGGCGAAGAUUAAAAGUGUACUUGGUGAUCUGAGGGUGAGCAUCACACCCGAUACUUGGACCUCAAUCCAAAAUAUCAAUUACAUGGUGGUCACCGCUCAUUUCAUAGAUAUGGAGUUCAAGUUGCACAAAAGGGUGAUUAACUUUUCUAAGAUCACUUCUCAUAAGGGUGAUGAUAUAGGUAGAUGUCUUGAAGAAAAGUUGAAUGAGUGGGGUAUAAGCAAAGUUUUUAGCAUUGCCGUUGAUAAUGCUAGUUCAAACGAUGUUGCGGUUGAGUACAUGAAGAAGAAGCUAAAAAAUCAUGAUGAUCUUUUUCUUGACGGUUAUCACUUGCAUAUGAGGUGCACAUGUCAUAUUAUUAAUUUGAUUGUAAAGGAUGGGAUGAAGGAGUUGGUUGACUCCAUUGAGGGCAUUCGAAAUUGUGUGAAGUAUAUUCAUUCUUCAAGUGCAAGGUUGGAUAAGUUUAGGGAUUGUGCGGUAUUGGAGAAGAAGGAUAAGAUGACUACCGUUCCUUUGGAUGUGGUGACAAGGUGGAAUGCAACCUAUUCUAUGCUUCAUAGUGCUUAUAAAUACAAAGACGUUUUUGCAAGGUUGGGUGAAGAUAGCACACAAUUUCAUGCAUAUUUUUGUGAGGAAGUAAUGAGAGAGGUUGAUGGCAAAAAAGUGAAAGUCAAGAGAGUGGGACCUCCGGAAGAGGAAGAUUGGGGGAAAGCAAUGGGCUUUGCACAUUUCCUAAAGAAGUUCUAUGAUGUCACUAUCAAACUUAGUGCCACGAAGAGCCCUACAUCACAUCUAGUUUUGAGAAGUUUGGUCAACUUGAAACUAGAAAUUGAUAGGAAGAUUGGGGAUUCCAAAGAUCCUAUUUUGCAAAGUGUGGCCAAAUCAAUGAAGGUAAAGUUUGAUAAGUAUUGGGGUGCUUUUGAUAAAAUGAAUCUAGUAGUCUUUGUGGCCCAAGCUCUUGAUCCAAGAUACAAAUUGCAAAUGAUUGAAAUACACUUGGAAGAUCUUGGGUUCACUUCCGUGCAAGUUGAAGCUAUGAAGAGUGAAGUGAAAGGUCACUUGAAUAAAAUGUACGAUGCAUAUAAGGCAAAAAACGUUGACCAAUCUUGUGUAGAGGUUCAAAUGGAGGAAGAUGAUGAUGAUGAUGUAGAUGAUAUGGAAGCAAGGGCGGAACGAAAGCUUAAUAAGCAAAGAAGAGAGGCCAAGCUUAAGGAGAUAGCUAAUGAAGUAGAUAAGUACUUCAAUGAUGCUUAUGAGAGUACAAGAAAUGAUGAAUUUCAUUUAUUAGAUUGGUGGAGAGUCAAUAGUGGGAAUUAUCCAACUCUUGCUAAGGUUGCUAGAGAUGUAUUUGCUAUCCCGAGUUCUACGGUUGCUAGUGAGAAUGCGUUUAGCCUAGGGGGGAGGGUUGUGGAUCCAUUUAGAGCUUCAUUAACUCCUAGAAUGGUUGAGGCAUUAGUGUGUACUAGUGAUUGGCUAAGAGGGGAAGAAUUCCAAUUCUACAAAGAGCCUACGGAUGAAGAGCUUGAGUUCUAUAAGGAACUUGAAGAACUAGAGCAAAGUAAAUGGCUAACUUUCUUGAGUAAUUUAUAACUAAUAUUAAUUACUAUUAUUAUUAUUAUUGUUGUUGUUAUUGUAUUUGUUGUUGUUAUUAAAAGUCUAAAACUACUAAUAUAGGUAUGUCUAAUGUAGUGCAAGUGCCACCAUCUCUUCACAGAAAUUUAGCAUUACCACCCCCACCAUCACACUCUCAAGUUCAAAGCCAACUCCCACCAAGUUCACGUGUAGGUUCAAGAGGGGCUCCAUCAAGAACAAGAAAACGUGGAAGAAGUAUUGCAUCAUCUACUCAUCCAUGAAAAGUUGAUGAAGGAUGGUUAAUGGCAGUACACCGUACACAUGCUCUCAACUUUGAAGUUUUUCGUUAGUUGAUUUGGAUGUUCUUGAACAUUGUCCUUUUAAAUUAAACUCAAUGCAUGUGUCUACUUUUGAAUUUAGUUUUGAUUUGUCCCCAAAUUAUGGGAUGUUGAAUGUUGGAUUUGUUUAUCACUUUAUUGUGUUGAAUGUUGGAUUUGUUUUGAAAUAGACUGUUGGAUUUUAUUAUUCGUGUUGUUGGAUUUUAUUAUUGUUGGUGAAUGAUCGAUAUUAAAAUUGUGUGUUAAUUUUUUAGUUAGCCUAGUAAUUCAGUAUUUGAUUAUAGUCUUCUUCAUAUGAUUCUCUAUUGUCUUUGCUUAAAAAAAUGUAGUUCAGCAGGAAUAUAUUUUUACCGGUCUUACUUUGGAUAUUAAAGAAAAUAUAAUCGGGUCCCAGUCAAACCGAACCGAUAAUUCGGUUCCCAAAAAAUCGGUUCCCGAAUCUAUAUCGGUUCGGUUCCGGUUUCCAUUAUCCCCAAAACCGAAAAAUCGGUUCGGUUCUACAAACCGACAAAUCGGUUCGGGUCCCAAACCGAACCCAGCCCUAACUCAUACAAAUACGUUCUACGGUUAUCAAUGUUAGACCGUUAGAGUUUUAUGUAAAUUAUACCGUGUCACCGCUAUAGAACUGUGGAGUUUUAUAAUACACUUGGAAACACCAAAAUUAAAUAAAUAGCUAGGCAGAAUCUGUCGAAAAUUAUAAAAUUCGGAUUGAAACCGUUAAAUUGGUAGAAUCAGCUGAAAUAUGAAAAAAAACAUAAUUGAAAUAUUCCUUGUCUAUUUAAAAGUCCUCUUUUGAUUUACACACAAUUUAAGGAAAAUAUAUUAUUUGACAUUGUUUUGACACUGUUCGGUACUGUUUUAUUUAGGCACAAAGAUAGUGUAUUAAUAUUAUUAAUAAAAUAAAAUUGGGAAAAAGUUAUAUUGGAAUAUCUAAAAUGAUCUUCUACAAUAAUUUUGAUUAGUCAAUUCAAUUAGAAGAGUAACUUUGAUAUUUUUUUGCUUAUGACAUAAUUGAACACAUAAG